UCCAUGUCAAAGUCAAAAUUAUCUAAUGGUCAAAAAGUCAAAAUUUUAGAAAUUGAGAUAAACAAGAUAUUUUGCCUAUUUAGAAUAUUAGGGAUAAUUUCAUUUUCUAUAAAAGAAUGGCUUCAAUUUUACUGAAGGCCAGGCAUCUAAGACAAUGUUGUGUACAUUUAAAAGGGGCCCCUGGAAUUUCUUCAACUGCAGUUUUACAGGGGGAUGCGCCUUUGAUAAGCACCGAUUUGUCCCUUUUAAAACCUGAAGAAAUAGAACACAGAAAAAAGCUUCAAGGUUACAUAACUGUCGAGGGACCAACCAACACUUCAUUAAUUAGUGGUGUACCUGAAGAACAAGUUAAAACCCGUACAGUAAGAAUAUACGAACCACCUAAGAACUGUAUGCAGAGUGGCACAAAUAAUAUUGGUCACUGGGAGAUUGAUUUUGAUACCAAAGAGAGAUGGGAAAAUCCACUAAUGGGCUGGUCUUCAACUGGUGAUCCAUUAUCAAACUUAAAAAUUCAGUUUAGCAAUAAAGAAGAAGCGAUUGAAUAUUGUGAACAAAAUGGUUGGAAAUACUUUGUGCAGGAGAGUAAGUUGGAGAAACGUUUCAAGCCAAAAUCAUAUGGUGUCAAUUUUUCAUGGAAUAAACGCACUAGAGUUUCAACUAAGUAAAUUAUUAUAUAUUUAAGUUAUAUAAUACUUCUAUGUAAAUAAAGUAAUUAAAACAAUAAUUAUAUCAUA